GCUGGCAGCAGCAUCUGUACUGUUGGCAGGAGUGACCAGAAUAAAAACAGCAACACCAGAUAUAGAGGAGGAAAAAAAGCGAAGUACUCUAUUGAACUAGAGUCUUUGCCCUCUCUUAAUUACAUAUAGUCCCAUAUCUUUUCACUUUUUUCCCACUCUUUAAGACUUCGGGCUUGUUGUAAUUAGACAGAAGAGAAUAAAACCAGCUGAUCGGGAGAGGGGUGUGCAUUUUGGAGCGAGAUGGCUAACAGAAACAUUCUGUUGCUCUUCUGUGGACUCUUAGCACUGAUUCAGCCCUCUCUUCAAGGAGGUGUGUAUGUACCACCUGGUGCUGGGAUUGGACCAGGAGGCACUGGACCAGGAACUGGAUUCUUUCCAGGGUCUGCUGGAGGAGUCCCUGCAGGCUAUAAACCGGCUAAAGCUGCAGUAGGAGGUUAUGGAGGUGGAGGCAUUGGUGUGGGGCCAGGUGGGCUGGUGCCAGGAGGGCAUGGUGGGCAUGGUGGCUUGGGCAGUGGAGGACUGGGAGCAGGACAAGGUGGAAAGCCCCCUAAACCAGGUUAUGGCAAUCUAGGAGGUGGUCUUGGAGGUGGAGGCCUAGGAGCUGGAGGCUAUGGAGGAGGUGGUUAUGGUGGAGGCACUGGGGGCUUUUUCCCAGGAGCUGGACAGAAGGCUGCUAAAAGAGGUGCAGGAGGCCAUCUGCUACCACAUGGAGGGACUGGAGGAACAGGGACUGGAGCCGCAGUGCCUGCUGGAGUACCUGUUAUUCCUCAGACUGGCCUUCCAGGAGGGGGUGGUGCUGGUGCUGGAAAGAAAGCUGCCAAAGUGCCAGGUGUGGGUGUGCCUGGACUUUACCAAGGUGGACUGGUGCCAGGACAAGGGUUUGGUGGACGUGGAGUUCUACCUGGGGUGGCCACAGGCACCGACCUUAAUCCCAAAUCAAUUGGAGGUGGGGGGCAAGGAGGCCAAGGACCAGGAGGCCGUGGGUAUGGUGGGCCAAUGCAGCCAGGAGUGUUCCACGGAUACCCCCUCAAAUCACCCAAAGUGCAAGGUGGCUAUGGUGCAAAACCCGGAGGUGGCAAACAACCUUUUGGUUACGGCUUUGGUAAUGGUGGCGCUGGGUCAAGGCCUGGGUAUCCUGCAGGAACUGGAGUUGGGCCCGGGGGCAUCUCACCUGCUCAGGCUAAAGCUGCUAAAUAUGGACUGGGUGGUGCUGGUGGUGGUGCUGGUGGUAUUGCUGGUGUUGCUGGCACCGGUGGAGUGUACCCAGGGCAGGUGCCAGGAGGAGUGGGGUCCGGUGGCAUCUCACCUGCUCAGGCAAAAGCUGCUAAAUAUGGAUUGGGUGGUGGUGGUGGUGGUGUUGGUGGUGUUGGUGGUGUUGGUGGUGUUGGUGGCACCGGUGGACUGUAUCCAGGGCAGGUGCCAGGAGGAGUGGGGCAAGGCGGCAUCUCACCUGCUCAGGCUAAAGCUGCUAAAUAUGGAGUUGGAGGGGUUGGCGGUGUUGCUGGCACUGGUGGACUGUAUCCAGGGCAGGUGCCUGGAGGUGUUGGUGGAUAUGGCGGUGUUGGUGGUGUUGGUGGAUAUGGCGGUGUUGGUGGUGUUGGUGGCACUGGUGGACAGUAUCCAGGGCUGGUGCCAGGAGCGGGAUAUGGAGCUGGGUCAAAGGCUGCUAAAUAUGGAGGGGUACCAGGAGGUGUACCAGGAGGGGUACCAGGAGGGGUACCAGGAGGUGUACCAGGAGGGGUACCAGGAGGUGCACCAGUUGUUGGUGGAUAUUCACCAGCAGCCAAAGCUGCUAAAUAUGGAUUGGGUGGUGUUGCUGGUGUUGGUGGUGGUGGCACCGGUGGACUGUAUCCAGGGCAGGUGCCAGGAGCGGGAUAUGGAGCUGGUUCCAAGGCUGCUAAAUAUGGGGUACCAGGAGGAGUUCCAGGGGGUGUACCAGGAGGGGUUCCAGGAGGGGUUCCAGGAGGUGUACCAGGAGGUGUACCAGGAGGUGUACCAGGAGGGGUACCAGGAGGUGCACCAGUGGUUGGUGGAUAUUCACCAGCAGCCAAGGCCGCUAAAUAUGGUCCAGGUGGUGCAGGAGUACUUCCAAGUGGUGGUGUAGGUGGAGGAGGAGUACCUGGAAGAGUCCCAUUUUUUCCAGGAUAUGGACCUUUGGCGGCUGGUGCUAAACCUCCUAAAUAUGGAGUCCCAGGAACAGGCCUAGGAGGAGGCGGAGUUCCAGGGGGAGCAGGACAGGUACUUCCUGGUGGUGCCGGCUAUGGUGGUUAUGGAGCUGGUGCUGGAGUGAAACCCCCAAAAUAUGGAGUUUCAGGAGGAACUGGAGCAGGGGUAGGAACAGGUGGACUGGGAGGGGCAGGAGGACUACCUGGUGCAGUACCAGGACUAGGAGGGGGACAGUACUCUGCUGCUGCAAAAGCUGCUAAAUAUGGAGUUUCAGGAGGAGCUGGAGCAGGGUUCGGAACAGGAGGACUUGGAGGAGCAGGAGGAUUUCCUGCUGCAGGACAAGGAGGUGGACAAUACUCUGCUGCUGCAAAAGCUGCUAAAUACGGAGGCGUCACUGGAGUAGGACUUGGCGUUCCAGGAGCUACUCCAGGUACAGGUGUCAGUGGUGUCCCAGAUGGUUCUGCUGUUUUGGUGCCAGCAAAGGAUGCAGGUCCUGCUGGAACCCCUCAACCAGAGCCAACGCCUAUUGCUGCAAUUGGCCAGAUCCCAGAGGUCCCAGCGCCCAGUGUGAAAACAAACGUUUCUGGUGGAAUUAUUCAGCCUAGUGGUGGAACAGGUGCUGCAGUGCCCUCUGGUGGUGUUGGUGUCAGCACAGGUGGCAAAGCACCUAAACCAUUCUUACCAGGUACAGGAACAGGUGUUGCUCCAGCCGGAGGUGGAUAUCCCUAUAAGGGAACCUAUGGAGCUGUGGGUGGACCUGGAGGAGGAGCAGGAAUCCCACUGGCAGCAGGAAGUUAUCAAGGGGGAUACAGGCCAUAUCAUCAUGGUUAUGGCCAUGGUGGGUUGGUGUAUCCCUCUGCAGGUGGACAGGGAGGUGCUGGUGCUGGUGCUAAACCACCCAAACCAGGCUACGGCAAUCUUGGAGGUGGCAAUGUACAUCAGCAAGGUGUGGCUCCUGUGGCUCCUGGUUAUGGAGGAGGUUACCCCCAACAGUACUACCAAGGUGGAUAUGUACCAGCCCCACUGACUCCUCAACAAGCCAAAGCAGCCAAGUACGGUCCAUUGCAGGGCUUCCUUGGUGGUGCAGGAGGAGGAGGAGGAGGAGUCUACAGAGGUGGAGUUGCAGGAUGCGUGGGCAAAUACUGUGGGAGGAGGAAGUAGAGCCCACCAGUGUGACCUCAAGAAACCAUGGUGCUACUGCAUGAUCUAGAAUGUACAUUUUAUAUGCAAACAAACCCCAUUAGAAAACAUGUAAAGAUGUUUUGUUUUGUAUUUACUUACUGGACUUCAGCGUCUGAUUUUAUACAAACCCACCGACCCAGAAUUUUGUACACGCAAUGAUUAGACGUACUGUAUGUUAUUGAUAGUGUCUUUAAUCAAUAAUGUGGUCAUGUUAAUCAGCUUUUACUCCCUGUACUGCACCAGCCUACUUAAAAGAUGGAGUGUGUUUGUGUCACCGUGUUUUGUUCUUGUGUGUGUGUGUUUUGUGGUUGUAUUGUUGUGCGAAAGACUGACUGACCCAUCAGCUGCCAAUGUGACCUAUGAACAAUUGUCCUCUCGGUUUUAAUCCUAAAGCAAGGUGAACUGUCCUCAUUGUUACAGCACACACUGUCUCACCUCGCUGUGCAGACAUCUCUCUGACAUGUCAGAGGGGUUGGGUUGGUCGAGGCUUGUCCAAAAACGGAUGAUAUCUGGCCAAUCUCUGCAUCGUCUCUGGCUCCCCAUCUUCUCUGCUGCUAUUUUUAGGCAUGCUGGGUAUAUAGCAGCAGGAAUCGGGGCUCCGGCCAACCCAUAUGCUCUCAGUAACUUUGCUGAUUCUAGUUGCUAUGCAUUUCAGUUGUCUUAGCCUUUUUAAUGUUGCCAAACUUGUGAUGUAUGAAGAGCAGUUUCUGCUCUGAGGAACGACAUGCUGAAGACAAUCAAAAAGUGUUUGAUUCAUUACAAGGAACAUGGGGAAAGCAGUGUUACCUAGAUUAAAGUGUAACUCAGAUACUACUCUGGCAUGUGCAUAAUGUAUGUGUGAAUGUUUAAUUACAUGUCUGAAAUAGAGCACUUCAAAUGUUUAGCCUCAUUGCAGCAGUUAUUUACAUUUAUGUAACUUGUCAUUACAUGAUUAUUCAAGAUGUUUUGCACCAUGCUUUGACUCAUAGCUUCAUUGUUAUCAGGAAUGUGUGAACAUAAAACGCAUUUAUUCACGGUUUAGAAUUGUAAUACAGAAUACGUCGUUGUUUGACGGGACAGCCAAAGUGUUAAUGUGAGAAAUAAGCUCCCAUUUUUCUGCAUUUACUUGAGCUGCUUUUAAAAAAGGCUUACUGAGCAAAGGCUCAUGAGCUCUGUUGCCAAGUGACUCCAUCUCUUUCUGUAAUUUUGUACUGUAUUUUGUACUAAUUUGAUAUUUGCUCGCUUCGGUUCCUUCACUCGGUGCUGUCUUUGAGCCUGGGUCAGACCUUGUCUUAUGUGCCGUGGGAUACUCUUCAUCUUUAUUUAAAACUGUUUUUAUAAGGAGGAACAGUGGGGUUUUGCACUUUUUAUAUUUCCACGACACACAUGUGACUUGUUCCAGCAUUUAUUUACUUCAACAAAUAACAAAAUAAAAUGUGUUAAAAGUA